AUGUCUCCAGAAAAUGGAAAAACUGUACCUCUUGGAAAGAUGUCACCUUUCUUUAUUGAAAGAGCAGUAACAUCCUUGUCAACAAACAUUUCGGAAAUAAAGAAGCUGCGAUCAGGAGACCUCCUUAUAAAAUGUACAUCUGAGGCUGAUUGUGAACAAAUCCUGGACGCUCGUGAAAUGCUUGAUAUACAGAUUGCUGCAUCACUUCACAAGACAUUAAACAGUUGUCGUGGAGUGGUUGCAGUUCCCGAACUAAUUGAUGUGCCGGUUGAGGAGAUCCUUGCCAACUUGAAAGAGCAGCAAGUGAUCGACGUGCGUAAGAUAAAAAUAAGGAAAAAUAAUGAGUACAUAACAACCAGGAACAUCGUGCUUACAUUUGACCAGCCAACACUCCCCGAGAAAUUGAAAGUCGGAUAUCUCUCAGCCGAUGUGCGUCCCUAUAUUCCAAAUCCUCUCCGGUGUUUCCGCUGUAACAGGUUUGGCCAUGCUGCGGACUCGUGCCGUGGCUCCGCUUGUUGUGCACGAUGUGGUCAGUCUGGCCACGAGACUAAAGAAUGUAAAGGGCCAGACUGCUGCGUCAACUGCUCCAAGGACCAUCCAGCAUACUCCAGAUCCUGUUCGAAGUGGAAGUAUGAAAAAGAAAUUUUGCACGUUAAGGUUACCCAAAACUUAAGCUACCCAGAAGCCAGAAAAAAAGUAUCGCCCAUCUUUUUUGAGAAGUCAUUUACAGCAGCAGUCAAACAAAAAGCAAAAUUGAUCACACAGUGCACACAGACAGACUUAAACACAAGUGAAGACCAAGGAGGUAACCACCCACCUCCAACCAACGAAACUUCCGUGGCGUCACCGUCAUCGACGCCACUCCUGUCAUCGCCACCCAUAGGAACGACUUCUAUGGAGUGCGAUGACGACACAAGCUCGCAAAGCUCAUUCACGAGCGCGAGCUCCCAGUCAAAACGAAAGCAGAAAGGUGGUCUAUCGGGGAGUGGCUCACUCCCUGAUAUAUCACCUAAGGAACUGGCGGCUGCUCGGAAGAAAGCACCGAGACAGCCCAUAAUGCCCCCAAAGAAAAAGUUAUAA